AUGGAGAAGUUUAUUUUGGAGAUUUUCUUAGUGUUCUAUUUUGUCUACGGCCUGACUGCAGAAGGCAGCUUCAGCACAGUGAGCGAGGAGAUCUGCAUGCAGGUGACAGAGCUUUACCUGUCGGAGAAUAGCAACGGAGCUACCGGAGGCCUGCUGUCGUCACAGUCAUCUCGGGCCCUUGUGGAGGCCAUGUACCAGCGCAAAGCCGAGCAGCCCAUGUCAGACGAGAACUGUUUCAAGCUGAUGUUCAUUCAGAGCAGAGGACAGGUCCAAUUAACUAUCGAGCUGCUGGACACCGAAGAGGAGAACUCGGAUGACUCCGUAGAGGCAGAGGGUUGGUCAGACUACGUAGAACGGUACGUCAGCUCUGAUUCUACCUCUCCGGAACUUCGGGAACACCUGGCCCAGAAACCGGUUUUCCUGCCAAGGAACCUGAGGCGGAUCCGUAAGUGUCAGCGUGAUCGGGAGCAGCAGGAGAAGGAAGGGAAGGAGGGAAACAGUAAGAAGUCCAUGGAGAAUGAGGAGAGCUUGGACAAGCUGGAGUGUAAAUUCAAACUGAACUCCUAUAAGAUGCCGCGUGCCAGAGAUUGCCGACCUCUGGUGUACAUGAUCAAAUCAGAGGAUUACAUGUACAGGAGGACUGCUCUGCUGUGUGCUCAGCAGUCCCAUGAAAGAGUGAGCAAGCGGCUGCACCAGCGGUUCCAAGCCUGGGUGGACAAAUGGACCAAGGAGCAUGUAACCCGUGAAAUGGCAGCUGAGACAAACAAGUGGCUAAUGGGAGAAGGGUUGGAGGGUUUGGUGCCCUGUACCACUACCUGUGAUACAGAGACCCUGCACUUUGUGAGCAUUAACAAGUGCCGUGUCAAAUACGGCACAAUAUUCAAGACACCGUAAAGUCCCUGAGUGAGGGAAGAUCACGUGGUGUGUGUAUGUGUGUGCGUAUCAAGGAAACGAGGAAGAUGCCUU